UGUUGACGUGGCAGACUUGACAAGGGCGGUAGGCUUGAAUUUGUUGGCGGUAGCAUAAACUGUGCAUUGACUGUAACUAAAUGGCUUCCGCAUCAGGUGGAAAUAGUGGUGGUGAAAUGGAAUGGGAGAUGGCAAGAUCAUCUAGAAUGAAAAGAAAUAUAAGGAAAAGACAGGAGAGAGCGAGAAGCUGGUCAGAAGAGAGCGAAUCAAGAGAAGACAUUAGCAAAAAGACAAAAAUAAAUACGAGUCCGAGAAAACAAACACAAGAAGUACAGACUAACAAGGAAGUAGAAUGGAAAGUUAUGAUUGAGUUCAAACAGGAAGGGGGGCAGUUUCAUCCAAUUAAACUGACAAAAGCCAUCGAGAAAGAGAUUGGGAGGAUUAAACUGGCCGGACUCAUGAAUAAUAAGAAAAUACUUAUCCAUGCAGAGAACAGACAACAGCAAGAAAAAAUUGUUAAGAUGACAACACUGGUUGGAGAAACAAUUAAAGCAUACAUACCUGGAACACUUGCAAAACUAAAGGGAGUAAUAUCAGGAGUACCACUUGACAUAACAAUAGAUGAAAUCAAAGGAGGGAAAAUUACAGAAGCAACUAG